AUGCUCACAUUUCUACCCUCACCCAAAACUCUAACCAUCCCCCUCACCUUCUUCUUCACACACUCCACUGACUCUACCUCACCUUCUCCCCACCACCUCGACAUAGACAACACCCAACACUGGACCAAAACCAUCCACGACCUCUGCACCCGCCACCUCCUCCUCCUCGACCACCUCCUCAACUUCAGCUCCAUCCUCCACGCUCUCUGCGACUCCAACCGCUUCGAAGAAACCCACCGCGACUCCGAUUGUAUCCCCGACCAGCGCACUUGCAACGUCAUCAUCCCACGGCUACUCGAUUCCCAAACCCCGCACAGCACGGCGCGCGUUAUUCGCGAAUUGAGUCAGCUGAACCCUGACUUUGUUGCCUCUUUGGUUAAUUACAACCGUCUGAUUGAUCAGCUCUGCUCGCUCCGGCGGCUCGGUGUGGCUCACCGAGUUUUGUUUGAUAUGUUGAGCCGAGGGCAUUGCCCCAACGCGGUUUCCUACACGACGUUGAUCAGAGGGUACUGCGGUGCUGGGGAGCUGGGUGAUGCACAGAAGAUGUUUGAUGAAAUGCGUGAGAGGGGAGUGGCGCAGAAUUCGAUGACUUACAGCGUGCUGAUUCGUGGUGUUCUUCGGAUGCGUAAUGUUGGGGGUGCUAUGGAAUUGAUGGCGAAAAUGUGGGAGACGAUGAAGGGUGAAGAUGAUACGCUUGUGAAAAAUGCGGCUUUUUCAAAUUUGAUCGAUUCCUUGUGUAGAGAAGAGUGUUUUCGAGAAGCUUUCGGCAUUGCGGAAGGUAGGCCGAUGGGGGGGAGUGUGGGUGAGGAGUUUGCUUAUGGACAGAUGAUUGAUUCACUUUGUAAAGCCGGAAGGCAUCAUGCGGCGUCGCGAAUUGUGUAAAUCAUGAGACAUAGGGGGUUUGUUCCUCGCAUUACGUCGUAUAAUACUAUUGUGCAUGGACUGAGCAAUGGGGGAGAGGGAGGUUGUUUUAGGGCUUAUCAGUUGCUUGAGGAGGGAAUUGAGUUUGGUUACUUGCCGUCAAAGUACACUUACAAGGCUGUAGUAGAAGGUCUUUGCCGAUAAUCGGACGUUGACAAGGCGCGGCAGCUCCUUCAGUAUAUGUUGAGGAAGGAAAGGGUGGACAAGAUCAGGAUGUAUAAUAUCUAUUUGAGAGCUCUUUGUCUUGUUGAUAACCCGACUGAGCUUCUGAAUGUACUAGUUUCAAUGCUCCAAACAGAAUGUCAACCUGAUGUGAUCACGAUGAACAUAGUCGUCAAUGGGUUCUGCAAGAUGGGGAGAGUGGAAGAAGCAUUAAAAGUACUGGAUGAUUUGACGACUGGUAAAUUUUGCUCCCCGGAUGCAGUGACCUUCACAACUACUUUUAAUGGUUUGUUAAAUGUUGGAAGAACACAAGAAGCUCUCAGUAUGCUGUGUGAUGUAAUGCCUCAGAAAGGUUUUCGCCCUAAUGUUGUGACAUAUAAUGCUUUUCUUCGCGGGUUGUUCAAACUUAAUCAAGGAAAGCAAGCAAUGGAGAUUUUCAAUGGCAUGGUAUUUGAGGGAGUGGCUGCCGACAGUACCACUUAUACUAUUAUAAUCGAUGGGUUAUGUGAGUCUGAUCAGCUGAAGAGGUUCUGGGAUGACGUUAUUUGGCCCUCACAUCAUGACAAUUUUGUAUAUGCAGCCAUCAUCAAAGGGAUUUGUCGUUCAGGAAAUGUUGAUGAGGCUUGUCAUUUCCUUUAUAAACUAGUAGAUUCUGGUGUCUAUCCGAAUAUCUUCAGUUAUAACAUUGUGAUCGACACUGCUUAUAAAUUAGGCAUGAAGAAAGAGACCUAUGAAGUCGUAAAAGAGAUGAAAAGAAAUGGCCUGUCUCCAGAUUCUGUAACCUGGAGGAUUCUUGACAAGUUUCAUGGGAAUGCAAGAAAACAGUUUGGGGAUGGAAAUGGAGGGUUCGUUUCCUAGUGCCCAAAGGAGAAGGUAGAGCCAGUGGGUUAAGUUUUUCGCAGACCGUUGAUUAAUCUGAAUAUCGACAUACUGAUCUAUUCCAAAAGA